AUGGCGAGCAGGGCGAACUCGAGUGCCCUGGUCGAGUUCUAUGGCGAGUCGCUGUGCCCCGACUGCCGGCACAUGGUAUUGGACGUCCUGGCUCCCCUGUAUGAAAACGGCGUUGCCCAGCUGAUGCACCUCAAGUAUAUUGCUUACGGCAAGGUGAAGGAUGGCCAGUGCCAGCACGGGACCGUGGAGUGCAAGUACAACCGUUACAUUAACUGUGCGCAGAGCCUGCACGGCGACUCCUGGUUUCCAUAUGUCCAGUGCCUGGCCAAGAAUCUCACCAGCAUCGCAACCGAUGCACCUGGCUGCGCAGAGACCCAGGGGUGGGACGCCUCGGAGCUGGAUGCCUGCGCGGGAGGCGCUCGGGGCGAGGCGCUGGGGAAGGAGGCUGGCGAGGCCACCACCCAGCUGCAGCCCGCCCUGACCAAUGUCCCCUGGGUUAUCGUGAACGGCGUCCCGGUGGGCAAGGACUUUGAGAACCUGGACCGCUACCUCUGUGCGGCCGCCGGGGGCCCUGGUGCCAACAGGCCCAGUGCGUGUGCAGACCUCACCGACAACACCCGUUUUGGUUGA